AUGCAGGGCCCCAAGAAGAAGCUGGUGCCGGGAGUAGACCGCCCGCUCACGGAGCUGGACGUGAUGGCCCUGCGGCCCAAGACCAAGCCGCACAGCAUGCAGUGGCCCAUGCAUCGCAGCUGGCUGGCAAUCGCCUGGGACCAGGCUGUCGAGUCUGCGGAGGACAUUGGGCGCCACAUCAGCCGCGCCAUCCGGGAGCUGCCCUCCACCAAGGCGAGCACACCAGGGCCAAGGGCCUUUGACAAGCUGAUCGGCAAGGACGGCAAGCUGCGCCUGCAAGUGGACAAGCCCGUGGUGCUGGUGCUGGGCAGCGGCUGGGGCGCGCACUCGCUCAUGAAGGUCAUCGACACGGAUACUUAUGAGGUGGUGGUGGUCAGCCCCCGCAACUACUUCCUGUUCACCCCCAUGCUGCCCAGCACCUCCGUCGGCACUGUGGAGUUCCGCUCGCUGCUGGAGCCCGUGCGGGUUUCCAAUCCGUUUGUCAACUUUUUCGAAGCGGUGUGCGACAGGAUCGACUUGGAGGAAAAGGUGGCGCACUGCACCGGCAAGACGCCGUACAAGGACGGCCGCCUGCCGCAGUUUGAGAUUCCCUAUGAUGUGCUGGUGGUGUCGGUGGGGGAGCAGCCCGCCACCUUUGGCACCCCUGGGGUGGAGGAGCACUGCUUCUUCAUGAAGGAGAUCCCCGACAGCGUGCGGCUCAGGGAGCGCAUCCAGUCGCAGUUUGAGCUGGCCACACUGCCGGGGAGCCAGGAGGGGGAGAUGGCGACCGCGCUUCACUUUGUGGUGGUGGGCGGCGGGCCCACAGGCGUGGAGUUUGCCGGCACUAUGAGCGACUUUCUGCGGGAGGAUCUGAAGAAGAAGUAUCCCGAGCUGAUGCCGUAUGUGCGCGUCACGCUGCUCAACUCUCAGGGCACCAUCCUGUCGGCGUUUGACGAGAAGAUGCAGAAGCAUGCACUAGACAACUUCAAGCGCGUGGGGGUGGAUGUGCGGACGGGCGUGCGCGUGACGGAGGUGACCAACGACACCAUCACGCUCAAGGGCGGCGAGGAAAUCAAGUAUGGCGUGUGCGUGUGGAGCGCGGGCAACGCGCCGCGGCCCCUGGUGCAGCAGCUGGCGGAGCAGAUCCCGGAGCAGGCGCAGUACCAGCCGGGAGGGCGGCCCAGCAAGCUGGCGGUGGACCCCUUCCUCAGAGUGAUUGGGGCCAGGGAUGUGCUGGCCAUUGGCGACUGCUCGCUGGUGGUGGCGGGGCAGCAGGGCGCGUAUGCGGCGCACAUGAUCAACCGCGGCUUCAUGCCGCUGCCCCCACCCAGCAAGCUGGCCGACUACCUCUUCCCAGGGCAGCAGCUCUUCGCCACCAUGGGGAGCACGCUGGCAUACGACGACGAGGGCGGGGAGGAAGGGGAGGAGGGGGAGGGCGCCCCCCGCCUCAUCUAUUACAAAAAGCCAUUCGAGUUCCUCAACCUAGGCAUCAUGGCGUACCUGGGCGACGACAGGGCGCUGACAGAGAUCCAGCUGCCCUUCACCAAAGUGAAGCUGUCCGGCUCCCUGGCCUUUUUGGUCUGUGUACCUGACCAAGCAAGGCUCAAGGCGCAGGUCUUUGGACGCGACCUCUCCAACUUCUGA